GGUUGGCGGGUAUGUGCAAGGUGGCCGAGCAGGUAGUUGAUUCUCGGACACCACCAGGAUCAAAAUGUCUCCAUCGAGGUGGGGAGAGAUAUUCAUGAUGUUGGGAAUGGUGUUGGGGGUGAUGGGUCUCCCGCAGCCAUCUUCCCUUACCGUCUCAUCCUCCACGACCUUUGCAAGACAGAGGAGGCAGCUAGAAAAUUUUGGAGCAAACCCCGAUGCGGACCCAGCACCUAACUGCCGCUGUGUCCCUCACUGGCAAUGCAAGGACAACCAAAUAUCCGAAAUAGCCGUGGAGGGUGAGGGGCUUUCGUCUCUCGUCCUGGACCUGCGAAGUAACCUUGCCUGCGACGGCGACCCUCAGAAGGUGUGCUGCGUGCUGGUGGAUUUCGGCGCCCGGCCCCCAACCGUGCCACCCGUCGACCCUCUCUGCGGCGAGAGAAACGACUUGGGCGUCGGCAGCACCAUCCUUGGCUUUGAGGACCAACAGUCUCAGUUCGGAGAGUUUCCUUGGGCCGCUGCCAUCGUCACGUCUCGAGGUUUUGGUUCAUCUGAUACGCCUUUGUACACUGCUGGCGGGUCCCUGAUUCACCCUCAGGUGGUCCUCACCGUGGCACACUCCAUGCUCAACUACACUGCUGACCAACUGAAAGCUCGCCUCGGGGAGUGGAACUUGGCGGGGAAGACGGAGGCGGUGCCCCACCAGGAGAUUCAAGUGAAGGAGUUGCUGUUCCACCCCGACUACCACAAGGAGAAACAAUACUACGACGUGGCGCUGCUGGUGCUGGACCGACCCGCGGUGGUCGGCGCCACUGUUAACAUCAUCUGCCUGCCGUCCAAUGUUCAGGACUACGUGAGCGAUGAUUGCGUCGUCUCCGGCUGGGGCAAGAGGGACUUCGAUAAGAAAGCCAAGUUCCAGAGGGUGAUGAAGAAGGUAUCGCUGCCCGUGGUGGACCACGCCCAGUGCCAGACCGCCCUGCAGGGUACUCGGCUGGGGCCUCGCUUUAUCCUGCACGACAGCUUCCUCUGCGCCGGGGGACAGAAGGAGGGCCAGGACCCCUGCACGGGGGACGGCGGCUCCCCCCUGACAUGUCGCCUAAAGAGUGACUCUCGCCGCUACGUGCAGGUGGGCGUGGUGGCGUGGGGCAUCGGGUGUGGGACCCUCGGCGUGCCGGGGGUGUACGCAGACGUGCUGAAGGCGCGGCCCUGGAUCGACCAAGUUAUCAACGAUCAUUUUUCUAACGCUGGGACGAAGAAUGAAAAACUUGACCUGCGAAUCUCAACAGUUUCGUAAUGCUAAGAACCAUGUGUUCAGCUUUUUUAUUUAGCGUAUGUCAAUAUGAAUAAAUGUUGUUUUAUGUGGUACUUCUCAUGUCAGCUUCUUUGUGACAUAUGAACGUUUGAACAUUUUCAUAGCCACUCUACAGUAUAUUACAUUUGUUAUAACAUUUUGACAUAAUCACUGUUCAGCGUUUCGGAGUUUUCAAUACACUUCCGGACCCCAGGUCAGCCAUGCCCCUGUAAGGACACCCUUGAGUGUUGCUGUUUAAAGGCUUCUGCUCCUGCUACCGUUGAGUACGAUGACAUUCUUUGCUCACACCAAAAUUCCCUUUUUUUGUUGUUUCUUCGUUUGUUUGUCAGGCUUAAUCUGGUUUCAUAGAGCAUGGACUAUUUUUAAAUAAAGAAAAUAAAAACAUGAAUGUUCCACGUUGUAUUCGAUUCAUAGACAUUAAUUCUAGUUGGUGUUGGAGAUGUUGGGCAAGGUUGUUGGUAGGUUUGCAUUUUGUGAUUUUGUGGUUGUUCUUGGGGCGGUGAGAUAGUAUAUAUAUAUAUAUAUAUAUAUAUAUAUAUAUAUAUAUAUAUAUAUAUAUAUAUAUAUAUAUAUAUAUAUAUAUAUAUAUAUAUAUAUAUAUAUAUAUAUAUAUAUAUAUAUAUGUGUGUGUGUGUGUGUGUGUACAGUCGCGCCCCGAAGUGUUGACACAGUUUGUAGUGACUUUCGUUCAAGUAAUACAUAAUAUUAUUCGAAGGGAAGGGAUGUUUAGGAGUGAUUUUGUUAUAGAUACACAAAAUAUGAUACUGAGAAAGGAAAUAAAUUCAACAGAGAGUAAGUUUUUACCUUAUAACGAUAUAUUAAGCAGCUCUGCCGAGACAUUUUGAUACAGUUUUCGUUCAAGACAUUAAAAGAGUCAAAUGAGUUCUAUGUUAAGACUAAGUAUAUAUAUAUAUAUAUAUAUAUAUAUAUAUAUAUAUAUAUAUAUAUAUAUAUAUAUAUAUAUAUAUAUAUAUAUAUAUAUAUAUAUAUAUAUAUAUAUAUAUAUAUAUAUAUAUAUAUAUAUAUAUAUAUAUAUAUAUAUAUAUAUAACUGCACAAAUAUAUUGCUCUUUCUUUCAGUGUAUUGAUAACCCUACAUUAUAGAAUAAUAGGAAAAAAAUAAUUAGCUGCACGUCAUUUGAUAAAAUGCGAAAUAAAUACUACAUAAUAAACUCGCAUUUGAUGAUGACGUCAUCUUGAACGACAUUCACGCAUGACUGUAUAAAUCUUGUGUGCGUCAAAUCAGCGAGAUUCUAAAGAAAAAAAUAAUAAAUCAAGUGUCUAUA